AUGUACUGUACAGACCCCGGAGAGGUAGAGCAUUCCACUCGUCUUAUCUCAGACCCAGUCCUUCUCGUGGGCACUACCAUCCAGUAUACUUGUGACACAGGCUUUGUGCUUGAAGGAAGCUCUCUUCUGACCUGCUACAGCAGGGAGACAGGAACCCCAAUCUGGACAUCCAAAAUCCCCCACUGUGUUUCUGAAGAAUCCCUUGCAUGUGACAAUCCUGGUCUACCAGAAAAUGGCUACCAAAUUCUCUACAAAAGACUCUAUCUACCUGGAGAAUCACUCACUUUUAUGUGCUAUGAGGGCUUUGAAUUGAUGGGAGAAGUCACUAUUAAGUGCAUUCUGGGUCAGCCUUCUCAGUGGAGUGGACCUCUUCCAAUAUGUAAAGGUACUUGGCAACUGCAUGUUUUCUAGCUGCCCUAUUUUCAAUCCAUUAUGCUGACCAUACAAACAAUA